UCCUCCAUCGGCCCAAUUACCUUCCCGGUCAAACCCCGCCGUCCAAGACUUCUCACUCAACCGAAAAACGGCGGCGACGGUCAGCAGCAAGCUCAGUUAGCGGUGUUUUCCGGAGAGAAUACAGCUAAGAUAUGGAAAAUGAGAAGAAAAUAGAGAGCUAUGUGGUGGUACACAACAUAGCAAAGAGACACAAUGUUGGAACCCUAGCUCGUAGCGCGACUGCGUUCGGCGUCUCCGAGAUGAUACUAGUCGGCCGUCGAGAUUUCAACGCCUUCGGUAGCCACGGCUCUACCUCUCACGUCCGGUUCCGCCACUUCCACUCCCUCACCGAUGCUAAAACUUUCCUCAAGGAAAGAGAUUGUGAUAUAUGUGGAGUUGAAAUUACAGAAAAUGCGGUGGCAGUAAAUGAGCAUCCUUUUAAAAGAAGUACUGCUUUCCUGCUGGGAAAUGAGGGUACUGGACUUUCUGCAAAAGAGUGUGAGAUAUGUGAUUUCUUUGUGUAUAUUCCACAAUAUGGGUGUGGUACUGCUUCGUUGAAUGUGACAGUCGCUGCUUCCAUUGUUCUACAUCAAUUUGGAGUUUGGGCUGGAUUCUCUGAGAGAACACGUGAGGGAAACAAGUUUAUUGUAGCUGAAAGACCUUCGAAACAGGCGAAGAAAAAUUACUGCAUGGAAACGUCUGAAUCUAUUGCCGAGGAGCGAAGACUGAAGAGGGAAUCAAAUGGGUUCUUUGAAGAUACUGGGAAGGAGGAAUCGCCUUCAAAUCUUUUAGAUACCUUGUUUGAUGAUUAGUGCCGGAAAAAAACAAGUUACGCAUCCUUCAGCUUCAUCCACAAGGCCAGGCUGAUUUAUUUAGACAGAACCGAAGCAAGUCAACUGUCGAAGGGGGAUUUUGGUUAUUAGUGGAGUAAACUACGGAAAAUAGGAAUUUAGAACCCUAAGUAGUGUCACUGAUUAGCCAUCAUAUAAUAUAGCAUUUUCACAUGAAUUUUGUAUCUACAAGUUUUUUGUAAAGAGAUUGCAGGUUUAGCAUGUUUCAGUCCCCUGUUUGAUGUAUUGAAAAGCUAAUACUAGACGGAACUAGAUCAGAGGGGCCAGGUGCCAUUUUCUGAUCGUGGAUCAAGCAUGUUCUUUGUACACUUGAAGCUCGGUCUUAAGACGGCCAUUGCACAAUUAUAAUAUUAAGUUCAGAGUUCAGACUA